AUGACGUCAGCAGUCAACAGGGAAGAUGUAAUUGAUGUUUUCAAGAAGAUGCCCCAGGGGCCUUUGCGGGUCUUGGGCGCGGGUCUCGGGUGCCAGGACCCGGCUGGGGCAACCGAACGGGGAUGUGGGCGUCGGGUCGCUGGACCCGGGCGCGUGCUGGCUGGCUGGCGGCCACGGCAGGGCUUGCCGCAACGGGGCGCGAAGGCCACGGCGGGCGGAGCUGGUAGCCCCGACCAGCAGGACAGGGUGCAGCAGAGCACGGGGCGGGGCUCGCGCGCGGCAGGUGGGGCGAGCAGCAGCGGCGGAAGCAGCAGGCAGAGUGGCGCAGCAGGGGACGGCAACGGUCACGGCGGCGACAGCGGCUGGAGGUGGGCGCGCAAGGGGGGCACGGCGGACGCUGCUCUCGGGAGGACGGCGGUGCGCGGGUACGUGCAUCGAGCGUGGCCGGGUCGCACGGCGCGAGCGGCGACCGCGGCGGAGUACGAGAGCACAGAGGGGGCGGAGAGGGAAGGCGCAACCGGCAUGGCGGCUCACCGCGAAGCUGUAGGGAGGGGGCAGUGGGCUCGAGGCGGCUUGGGGGUGGCCGGAGUCCGCAACGGCGAGACCAACGACGUCGGGGACGAAGAGGUCGAGGGCGGCGUCGGUGGGGACGAGGCGGUGCAGCGAGUGGGGCUUCGGGGAGGAAGGCGAGGCGUCCAUCGAGCGAUGGGCGGCGACGGGGAGGAGGUUCGGUGA